AUGUUUUUGCAAAAUCAUGGCCUAGGUGAGUCUUGCUCACUUGCGCAAAAACGCUUAUUCAAUCUUGAAAGCCGUUUAAAUAAAGAUCCAGCAUUAUACGCCGAAUAUCAACAAUUUAUGAAGGAAUACUUGGCUCUGGGUCAUAUGAAAAGAGUGACUCAGGCUGGAAAAUAUUUCAUCCCGCACCAUGCUGUCGUGAAACGUGACGGUAAAAAGAUCGAAAAGUUGCGUGUUGUGUUCGAUGCAUCUGCUGCUACAUCGUCGGGUUUAUCGUUAAAUAACGUCCUUAUAGCUGGCCCUAAGUUACAGAUUGAUAUUUUUGAUAUUUUUGUAAGGAGUAGGUUAAAACGUUAUUUGUUGACCGCAGACAUAACCAAAAUGUAUCUACAAAUUUUGUUAAAACCCAACGAUUGUGCGUACCAACAUAUAUUAUGGCGUGAAUCUCCUGAGGAAGAAGUGAUUGAAUAUAAACUUCGUACUGUCACUUAUGGCGUUACUUCUGCUCUAUAUUUGGCUAUUCAAUGUUUGCAUGAAUUAGAUGCUCAGGCUGGUUCAAAAUUCCCAGCCGUGAAAAAUAUUCUCAAUCGCCAAACGUACGUUGAUGACAUCGUGGUAGGAACAGAUACAGAAGUGGAGUUAUCUAUCAUUCAACGAGACAUCAUCGGCUUAUUGAAUUCUUGUGGAUGCACCUUAAAAAAGUGGACAAGCAACUGCCCGGUUAUCUUAGAGAAUAUCGACACUAAAGAUCACGCAAAAUUAUUAUCAUUGGAUCCCAAAGGUGAGGCCUCUGUGAAGGUUUUAGGCCUUCAUUGGGAUCCAUCAUCAGAUCAUUUUGCUUACCACACAAGUCUUCGCCCGGGUCAAUAUACAAAACGAAAAGUGCACUCAACUAUCGCUAGACUAUUUGAUCCAAUUGAUUUCUUAGGACCCACACUAUUAUGGGCCAAGAUUUUUAUGCAAGAAUUAUGGAAACUGUGUCUGCAUUGGGACACACCACUUCCAGCACAUCUUCACUGUAGUUGGGAUCAAUUUGUAAGAGAACUACCAGCACUAGAUUCAAUUAUUCUUCCUCGACAUAUUGAUAUCGAUCCCAUACGGAAAUUCAACUAA